GUGGAAUUUAAACGGUUCCAGUGAAAUGUGCUGACAGGAAGCACAAGCAAACAGAACCGAAACACUUUCCUGGGAUAUCGUAAAACAAACCAAAGCAUGGCGCUGCCAAACAUCCUCGUUACCGGCACCCCUGGCACGGGCAAAUCGGAACUUUGCCGGCGGCUGUCGGAAAAGCUCGGCUUCCAAUGGCAGAACGUGAGCAGCAUCGUAAGCGAAAACAAAUUCGUCGAGGAGUACGACGAGGAGUUUGAGUGCCCGGUGCUGGACGAGGACCGGUUGCUGGAUUUCCUCGAACCGCUGAUGCAAAAGGGUGGCCACUGUGUCGAAUACCACAGCUCGGAAUUCUUCCCUGAACGCUGGUUCGCCGCAGUAUUCGUCAUCCGGUGCUCGACCUCGCUCCUAUACGAUCGCUUACAAGCGCGCGAGUACGGCGAACGCAAGAUCAAAUCGAACAUGGAGUGCGAAAUCUUCCAGAUCCCGCUAGACGAGGCACGAGAUGCGUACCGGCGAGAAAUCAUCUUCGAGCUGACGAGUGACACCGAGCAGGAUCAUGAUGCAAACUUGCAGCGCGUGCAGGACUGGCUGGACCAGUGGAAGGCGAAACACAAUAAAUUGUAAUCGAC